AUGGCAUCCCGUGAACACGAAAACGCCCUUUCCGGAGGCGACACCGACAGCAUUGCCUCUAUGGAAUCCAGCUCAGCUCUCUCUCCAACAGAUGGGUACUUUCGUCCCAGCACUCUCCCCCAACAAGUGUUCCACGAAACCUCUGCUAGACUUCCAGAUGAUUCCAACGCAAAUGCGGCUCCCCAGCAGUCAACGUCCUACGUAGCUGCAUAUUAUCUUCCAAAGGAGCCCGAGCAGCCCUCACCAAAUUCAAACCACCGACGUUCAAGGUCAGAUCGGUCCAAUCAUCUGGAUGAGGCGACUCCGCUGCUGGGCGAACAGUAUCGUGAUGUCGAAGACCCUCCACCUGCCUAUGAAGAAAGUACAGCUAGCCCAUAUUCUGGGACACGUACCGCAACCACAAACUAUGGAUCAAAUAGCGAGACCAUUGAACCCACACCUCAAAGUCCAGAAUUGUAUUCAACACUCGAACCAGCCAUAAUUGGCGGCCACGCUGGGCGCUACAAUGAGGAACCUGCCAGACCAAAUGGGUAUAUAAGGCGGUCGAAUCGCCGAAGACCUGCCGGCUGCUGUUGUCGUAUCGCUCUGAUCGUUCCAUUGCUCUUCAUUUUCCUUUCCAUCCUGGAUGCUCUAACCCCGGAAUCUGGAGAUGGAUAUCGGAAUCCGUGGCAAGACAUCGAUCUCGGAACUUGGCCUAAAGAGUGUUCAUUGCGGUCGACAAGUGGAGCAUUGAUCGAGAUGGACGACGGCGACAAAUUCUCGCUAUCCGAAGAUGUGACGACCUCGAAACAUCCGCACUUCGACUCCAUGUACGGGCGAGUGUAUCUGACAACCGGGCUAGAUUCUCAGGCGAGUCCGAUACUUGUGAACCUUUCGAUUUCUACAAGCUCGGAGUACGACGUGUCGUACGUUCGCUUCAUCAAAACCGCAUCCCAUUUGCAGAUCCUCCCGCCGGUCUUGAAGCCGAAUGGUCGUGACCCCUCGUCGCCCUCACCUUGCAUGGAAAUCGACGUGUAUGUCACGAUUCGGCCAGGCGUGCAGCUAGCCAACCUAUCGAUUGAUUUGCACCGGUUGGACCUCCUGAUAGGCGCGUCUUCGGCAAUCGAAGUCACCGAAUUAGCCAAGAUCGGACUUACGAGCGGGUCUCUGGAAAGCGUUCUGCCCCUCAACUCCCGGGAGACGAAGAUUCGAGUGGGAACCGGUUCCGUCAAUGGAAAAUAUACACUGAUGGACCUCCUCGACAUCGAAACUACUACUGGAAGCGUCAAUAUCGAAGUCGAACCCAAGGAUGCCGAUGAGCAUAAAAACCCGGCAAGUUUCAAAGCAUUUAGCCGUACCGGAAGCAUUCAUGUGGAAUACCCAAAGACUGGCUGGAGCGAACGAUCGCUCUCGAUGAGUGCUGUAAGCGCUCUCCACAUUCCCAACCGUGAUUAUGCGGUCAAUGUCCAUUCCAACGUUGGUAGUAUUUCCGGCUACUACUUCUUCGGAUCGACAGCUCGAUUCACGACGCAAUCCGGCUCGAUCUCGACGACUCUUCUUCCUGUGUUACCGCCGUCAUCCCAAGCGCACGAAGCAGACAUGGAACUCAAAACGUGGACCAAAUCUGGUCAUCAGAACGCGCAUCUGGCAAAUCCCAUCGCUCUCUCAUCCAACGGUGAACAUUCUCCCGUUGAGAAAUGGAGAAACAUCCGGUCCAAACAUGAAACCUUAACCGGUUCGAUCUCACUACAUUACCCGAGCUCUUGGGAGGGCACGUUGAAGGCAACUACCACUUUCGGCUCUGUUCAGGUUCUGGGCGAUGGAAUUCGUAUCAUUGAUCAAGAGGACGGCAUCGGCCACCAUAAAGUCAAGGCCGUCAAAGGGAUUAGCCAGGACAGCGAGGGCAGUUAUUUGAAAGCUCAUGCCACUACAGGAUCUGUCAACGUUGAAAUAGGGGAUUGA